AUGACGAAUGCGUUUGUCAACGGCAACAGCGAAACGGAAUCAGCGCCAGGAGAUGACGAGACCGGCAGCGCGAGAGGCCGGGGAACAGUUGACCGCGCGCAGCCGGCUCUGGAGUCUGUACCCAGUGUCAGAGAGAGAUUAAGCUGUCAUUAUUCCGGUCACGGACAGCCCACCAGUACCCCACCUAAGACUUCAAGAGCACAUUGA